AUGCUGACCACCAACCUCUCAGUCGUCGUCUUGGUUGACUACGUCGGAGAAGAUGCGCAAGGACGUGAGGAUAUUGCUGGGCUCAAAACAACUUUUGUCACUAAAAUAACUGCACAUCCCUCCACAGCCAAAGUGGGGAAGACAUCUCUCAUCAUGUCUCUGGUCAGUGAGGAGUUCCCAGAUGUGGUUCCCUACCGAGCUGAAGAGAUUACUAUACCUGCAGAUGUCACACCAGAGAGAGUCCCCACACACAUUGUGGAUUAUUCAGGUGCUUUGGAAACAUGGCUGUCUUCUGUUCUUAUAGCUUGGCCAUGUUGGAAAGAAAAGCACUUCCUUGUUUUAUUUUUUUUCUUGCUGUUUUUCUUUUGCCAUGAUGCCUCUGUUCCCUCCACAGACGCAGAGCAGACAGACGAGCAACUGUUUCAGGAGAUUGCUAAGGCAAAUGUGAUUUGCAUCGUCUACUCUGUAAAUAACAAGAAGUCCAUAGAGAAGGUGACCAGUUACUGGAUCCCCCUCAUUACGGAAAAUACAGACAAGGACAGCAGGGUUCCUCUAAUCCUGGUAGGAAACAAGUCUGACCUUGUGGACCACAGUAGCAUGGAGACCAUAUUGCCCAUCAUGAACCAGUACUGCGAGAUAGAGACCUGUGUGGAGUGCUCCGCAAAGAAUUUGAAGAACAUCUCUGAGCUUUUUUACUAUGCCCAAAAGGCGGUUCUCCACCCCACGGGUCCCCUCUACUGCCCUGAGAAAAAAGACAUGAAGCCUCUUUGUGUAAAAGCUCUGACUCGAAUCUUCAAAGUGUCGGAUCUGGACAAUGACGGAAUUCUCAAUGACAACGAGCUAAACUUCUUCCAGCGGACGUGCUUCAACACCCCCCUGGAGCCACAGGCAUUGGAGGAUGUCAAAAACGUGAGUGUCUUUGACAAACAUGAUAAGGACCGUGAUUGCGCCCUGUCGCCCGAAGAGUUGAAGGACUUAUUUGACAUUUUCCCCUAUAUGCCCUGGGGCCCGGAUGUCAAUAACACAGUUUGCACCAAUGAUGAGGGCUGGAUCACAUACCAGGGGUAUCUUUCACAGUGGACGUUAACAACUUAUCUGGAUGUCCAGCGAUGUUUGGAGUAUUUGGGCUACCUGGGAUACUCAAUAGUCGCUGAGCAGGAGUCCCAAGCAGCAGGAAUAACAGGCAAAGAUAAGAAGAUUGACCUGCAGAAGAAGCAGACCCAGCGCAGCGUCUUUCAAUGUAACAUCUUUGGAGACAUUGCCAGUGGCAAGAGUGGCUUCCUCCAAGGGUUCCUGGGUAGAAACCUCAUGCGACAAAAGACAAUUAAGGAGGAACACAAGUCCUACUAUGCCAUUAGUACGACCUAUGUUUACGGCCAAGAGAAGUACCUUCUUCUUCAUGAGGUAUUCCCUGACUUCGAGUACCUAUCUGAUGCCGACCUGGCUUGUGACAUUGUCUGCCUGGUUUAUGAUGUCAGCAACCCUUACUCUUUUGAAUACUGCACCAAAGUCUUCAAGCAAUACUUCAUGGACAGCAAGACGCCAUGCAUGAUGAUCGCGGCGAAGUCCGACCUGCCGGAGGUCAAACAGGCAUAUGGCUGCAGUCCUCUGGAAUUCUGCAGGAGGCACAAGAUGCCACCCCCUCAGUCCUUCACCUGCAAUACAACAGCAGAGCCCUGCAGAGACAUCUACACCAAGCUAACCACCAUGGCCAUGCACCCCCAUGCUCGUCUGCGCUGCAUGUGCACCUGUAACCGGUGCACAUUCUGCCUGUGUCAGAAUUUCCUCAACUCUGAGCUGCUGCAGACUGUCAGGGCCAAACUCUACGCUGUGGUGCUUAGAAGACAACUAAGCCAAGCAGACCUGACCAGCUCUACAUUCUGGUUGCGGGCGAGCGUCGGGGCAUCUGUGUUUGCAGUGCUGGGCUUUGCCAUGUACAGAGCGUUGCUGAAAACACGGUGA